UAGCGUCACCAGUGUUUUCGAGAAGAGCCCUGACGCGGCGACUGUCAGCUCCAUUUUGUUUUCGCAGCCCGUUGCAGCCACUUGGACCUUCGCCGUUGUCGCGUUGCAAGCUUUGUCUUCUUCGACUUGGACUCUCGGCCAGGACGAUGAGACACUCGAAGAGAACUUACUGUCCUGAUUGGGAUGAAAAAGAUUGGGAUUGUACAAAAUGGAGGAGCAGCAGCAGCCAUAAAAGAAGGAAGAGAUCACAUAGCAGUGCCCGGGAGAACAAGCGCUGCAAAUACAAUCACUCUAAAACAUCUGAUGGCCAUUAUUUGGAAAGCAGAUCCAUAAAUGAGAAAGAUUAUUAUAGUCGACGCUACGUUGAUGAAUAUAGAAAUGACUACAGUCAAGGGUGUGAAUCUGGACAUCGCCAUAGGGACCAUGAAAGCAGAUAUCAGAACCAUAGUAGCAAGUCCUCUGGUAGAAGUGGAAGAAGUAGUUAUAAAAGUAGACACAGGAUUCACCACAGUACUUCACAUCAUCGUUCACAUGGGAAGAGUCACCGAAGGAAAAGAACCAGGAGUGUAGAGGAUGAUGAGGAGGGUCACCUGAUCUGUCAGAGUGGAGACGUACUAAGUGCAAGAUAUGAAAUUGUUAAUACUUUAGGUGAAGGUGCUUUUGGAAAAGUCGUGGAAUGCAUUGAUCAUAAAGCGGGAGGUAGACAUGUAGCAGUAAAAAUAGUUAAAAAUGUGGAUAGAUACUGUGAAGCUGCUCGCUCAGAAAUACAAGUUCUGGAACACUUAAAUACAACAGACCCCAACAGUACAUUCCGCUGUGUCCAGAUGUUGGAGUGGUUUGAGCAUCGUGGUCACAUUUGCAUUGUGUUUGAACUACUAGGACUUAGUACAUAUGACUUUAUUAAGGAAAAUGGUUUUCUGCCAUUUCAACUGGAUCAUAUCAGGAAGAUGGCAUAUCAGAUAUGCAAGUCUGUGAAUUUUUUGCACAGUAAUAAAUUGACUCACACAGACUUAAAGCCUGAAAACAUCUUAUUUGUGCAGUCUGACUACACAGAGGCAUAUAAUCCCAAAAUGAAACGUGAUGAACGUACCCUUAUAAAUCCAGAUAUUAAAGUUGUAGACUUUGGAAGUGCAACAUAUGAUGAUGAACAUCACAGUACAUUGGUAUCUACAAGACAUUAUAGGGCACCUGAAGUUAUUUUAGCCCUAGGAUGGUCCCAACCAUGUGAUGUCUGGAGCAUAGGAUGUAUUCUUAUUGAAUACUACCUUGGGUUUACAGUAUUUCCAACACAUGAUAGUAAGGAGCACCUAGCAAUGAUGGAAAGGAUUCUUGGACCUUUACCAAAACAUAUGAUACAGAAAACCAGGAAACGUAAAUAUUUCCAUCAUGAUCGAUUGGACUGGGAUGAAAACAGUUCUGCUGGCAGAUACGUUUCAAGGCGCUGUAAACCUCUGAAGGAAUUUAUGCUUUCUCAGGAUGAUGAACAUGAGCUUCUCUUUGACCUCAUUCAGAAAAUGUUGGAGUAUGAUCCAGCUAAAAGGAUUACUCUCAAAGAAGCCUUAAAACAUCCUUUCUUUUAUCCCCUUAAGAAAACUACAUAGAUCUCUAAUUGUACAACUCUCUUAAAGAAAUUUUAUAGACUGCAUCAGUCUAACUUUUAAAUACUAAGUUAUUUUGUACAGCUUUUGUAAAUUUCUUAAAUAUUUGUAUUGCCAUGUUUGUUUUGUUUGGAUGAUUUAAGUACAUAGCCAAGUAAAAUGAGUAUCUUCUCCAAUGAUUUCUGUAUAAAAUGAUUUAUUCAAAAUAAA